UGUUGGUGUAAAUUUUGGAAGAUUUAUAAGAAUUAGAAGCUUAAGUGACCCGAGUAUCCAAUUAUUACAUUUUAAGAGAACUCUUGGGUUUUUGAGGGCUGCUAAAUCUGGAGGCGCACAUAUGUUAGUUUUAGGAACCAAACACCAAAAAAGUUUAAAUUACCAGCAGUUAUUAAGCCAAAAAUUCGAUAACCCUACCAAGGUAACUCCAGAAAUUAUCACAAACGCCCCUCUAAACUACGACGUGAUACUUUGUUUUGACCCUAUCCGCUACGCUAAACUUUUGUAUAACAUCAACUUACCCUGUGUUGCUAUUUCAAAGGUUGAGGAUUUCUAUCAUCACAGGGACAUCCCUGACGCCUUUGACUACCUUUUGCCAUUAACUGAAGAUUUUUUGGAUAUUUCUAGUAUUCAUUCCGAUUAGUUUAACACCUUUAUCACUUCUGUAUACUUUGUUAUAGUAACUCAGGCCGUUAAUCAUUAUAACAAAUAUCGAAGAACUCGGUUGUAUUUAUCUUUGUGUUAAUUAGAGUAAUGAGUUCAUCAGUUGAAUUUGAGCUUCAGAAUCGUAAAGACUCCUCCGAUCCUGUGUCUGAGAACAUCUUUUUAGCUGGCAAAGCUUGGGAAUUUUUAACCCAUAAAAUAUUUGAAAAUGAGGCUGGAAGUGCCUUUCUUAUUGUAGCAGGUACCGUAGCCAUCGCUGCUCUUUGCGGUCGUGAAAGACGUGCUGCCACACUUGCUAGAUCACUACAACUAGGUCCUGCGACUAGCCUCAGGGUCUUUGGGCAUCCUAGGUAUCACAACCAUGUACCCAAAAAUCCUCUUCUAAAAUAUUAAUAUUUUAUAACAUAUA